AUGGCUACCAACGUUAUUAAUCCCCAGGUGAUUCCAAUUGCUGCGCCUCUUCCUGGCCCAGCCGAAGCUCCGGCAGUAUCCUUUUUGAGCUCGAAUUCCACAACUGCAUCAGUCAAUAUUGAAGCCAAGGCACCGUUCUCAGCUAUUCAGGCCCUCUUUGAUCAUCUCCACAGCCACCCCGAUGAUGUUGCUAAGCUCAAUGCAACUUACCCUCACCGGGGCGUUAUCAAGACUGCCGCUCUACACAAGACCGAGUCGGAUCAGAAAUUUACUAUUGAUCUCUCGCCCAUGCGAAACUCCCGGAUUCCAGAAUCUCUUCGUGGGUCCUUGGAUCCUCAUGGCCUGGGUGAGGUCCUCGCCUUCUUCAACUCCAUCAGUGCUCAGUAUGUACCCACCAUACUGUCUUCUCUGAGCAUCCUCGCUGGUACCGAUCUUUCUGCGGCACACACCUCAUACAAUAUGAACUAUCGCCUGUGUGAUUACAAUCCUAAAACGGCUGCUCCCGGAUCAUCGAAUGGGUGCGGAGCCCACACGGAUUAUGGAACCUUUUCCAUUAUCUUCCAAGAUGGCACGCCCGGCCUGGAGCUCGAAGAAACCCCUGGCACAUGGGUUCCUGUCCCCGGAGAUGCCACUGUUGUCUUGACUGGUUGGUGUGCGGUUAUCCUAAGUGGUGGCCGGGUUUCCGCCGCCAAACAUCGUGUCCGCCGUUCCCCGGGCGUGCGUCGGUUGAGUGCUGUUUUGUUCGUCGCCCCCGACCUUGACGUGAAAUUGAAGCCUCUGGGUGAUUCUCAGCCGAUCCGAUCUUUCUCCGAGACCAUCAUGCGUGGAGACCUAGAUGUUGAGACCUUCAAGGACGUUAUGGGGAAGAGAUGGCGAUACCGCGAGGGAAACGAAGAGAUGGACAAUGCGGACUCCCUUUCCCAGGAUAACGAGAUUGAGAACAUGGUUUGGGGCUAA